UCUAGAAUGACAGAUUUCCUUAACGUUGCACUAAUCAUCCUCUUAUUAGUAAUAACUAUCUACUUUUUAUGGAGAAAAAAUGUGAAGACUUACCGAUUACCUCCUGGACCCAAGCAAAAUCUCGUCUUCGGCAACCUCUUGGAUUUAAUUUGGUCGACCUUGAUUAACAAGGAACCAGCCUUCAUGAAGUUCGCCAGAUGGUCUUUCCAGCAUGGACCACUAUGCUACCUAAGGUUUUUCAGACAAAGGGUCAUCGUGGUUUCAGACGCUCGGGUCGCUCAGCAGUUAUGUGUGGGACAGGCAGACAAGUUUAGCGAGCGGCCACCCGGAUUGCUUUUGUCACGAGUGCUAAAGAACAAAGGAAUCGUAUUCAAUGACGGACCGUCAUGGAAAGCACACCGUAAUUUCUUAACUUACGAGUUUCGUAAGUACGGAUUUGGAAAACGAUCAAUGGAGCAAAGGAUUCAAUACGUUGUUGACGAUUACCUUAAUCAAAUUGGCAAAAUGAACGGCAAAGUCCAUGAUCCCCAUCCGAAUAUUGCUAUAGCCGUUUAUAACAUCAUCUGGACUGUGAUUAGCGGAGAUAAGUUCAACUGGGGUGAUCCGUCCCUACAAAAAUUAAUUACAAACCUAGAAACUAAUUUACAUGCUGUCGAACUCACCGGGCCUCAUAAUUACGUCACUCUUCUAACUAUUUGCCAUUUGAUAUGCCACAAUUUUGUCCGCUUGUGGAGCAUUACCUCGACAAGACUAUAUUACUUUAAACAACUCAUUAGCAAGUUCAAAAAGCAGCAGAGAGAAAUUGCAGACGCUGAAGCAGAGGAGUCUAUCAUACUUGAUUACCUCGUUAAACUGCAAAAUUCUAGGAAAAGUGGUGAUGUACUAGCAGACUUCUCCGAGUCACAGUUACUUUGGCUCGUAUCCGACCUGUUUAUCGCUGGUGGUGAGACAACCGUAACCACUAUUCGUUGGAUUCUACUUUGUUUGGCGUUGUAUCCGCAAAUCCAGAAGCGUGUCCGGCAGGAGAUCGAAGACAACUUCGGUCGGGACACGACACCAACAUACGCUCAGCGAACGCAGUUACCGUACACAGAGGCCUUUAUAAACGAAGUACUUCGUUUAGGCGGUGUUACCCCCGGCAUGUGGCGCAAUACUAGUCAAGAUGCAACAUAUGAGGGUUACGAUAUUCCGAAGGAUACGUGGGUUCUGCUUCACUUUUGGGCGAUGAGUAACGAUACCAAUCAAUGGGACGAUGCGAGAACGUUCAAACCAGAAAGAUUCCUAAAUGACCAAGGAAUGUUCUGUAAAAAUGAGAACCUCCUAGCCUUUUCCACUGGGAGGAGAGAAUGUCCCGGGCAAGGAUUGGCUCAGACAGAGCUCUUCCUCUUUACAGUGGGGAUCCUGCAAAAAUUUAAAGUUGCGUUACCUGAUAAUCAAAAUAAUAUAGACAUUAACAGUGGGCAAUUUGGAAUUACCUACACUCCACCACCUCAUCUGCUGCAAUUUACAUCUGUCUAAAAAAUUUUUCAUUGUUCAACGUUAUUUA